CUAACGAACUGGCGGACAGUUUCAGUCCGGUCUGACGAAAAGGACGCACUCGGUUGCAGCGCUGCUGUGUUUUGGCGCUGAGAGAUGAGCGGAGACUCAGACGGGAAUAAAGAGUUUCUUGAGCAGCUCCGUCUGCAGGAGCUGUACGGCCAGAAACGGGAGGCUGGAGACGAUCCGUAUACGUACGUCGAUCCAGAAGAUGGAACUGUGUACGACUGGGACCACGACAAGAAGGCGUGGUUCCCUAAGAUAACCGAGGACUUCAUUGCUGCAUAUCAAGCGAACUAUGGCUUCAGUGAGGAUGGAACUCCUGACCCGACAGCUGCAGCUCCACCAGGAGAGACUCCACCAGAUAAACCAGAGGAGAAAUUAGAGGAGGAGGAGAAGAAGAAGGAGGAUGAGGAGAAGGAGGAGGAGGAGAAGUCAGAUUCGUCCAGCACUAAAGAGGUCAAACAGAAGGGAGAGAAGAGGAAAGCAGAACCAGGCUGGUUUGAUAUAGAGGAAGAAAGAAACACAAAUGUUUAUGUGUCAGGUCUUCCUCCUGAUGUGACCCCUGAUGAGUUUGCGGAGUUCAUGUCUAAGUGUGGGAUCAUUAUGAGGGACCCGAUCACAGAGGAGUAUAAGGUGAAGCUGUAUAAGGACAGUGAGGGGAACCAGAAAGGAGACGGACUCUGCUGUUACCUCAAGAGGGAGUCAGUGGCUCUUGCUGAGCGUCUGCUGGACGACUCGGAGAUCCGAGGCUACAGACUGCACGUGGAGGCGGCUCGGUUCGAGUUGAAGGGUCAGUACGACGCCAGCAAGAAGAAGAAGAAGAACAAAGAGUACCGCAAAAAACUUCAGCAGCAGCAGAAGCAGCUGGACUGGAGGCCGGAGAAGGCAGGGGAGGUACGUAAGAGACACGAGCGCGUGGUCAUCAUCCAGAACAUGUUCCACCCAAAAGACUUUGAGGAAGAUCCGCUGGUGCUGAACGAGUACAGAGACGACCUGCGGACGGAGUGUGAGAAAUUUGGAGAGGUCAAGAAGGUCAUCAUCUUUGAUCGACACCCUGACGGCGUGGCCUCAGUGGCAUUUAAAGAGCCGGAGGAGGCGGAUGUGUGCCAGAUGACGUUGGAUGGACGCUGGUUUGGAGGGAGGAAGCUUUCGGCUCAGCUGUGGGACGGAGUUACAGACUAUCAGGUGGAAGAGACGUCGCGGGAGCGUGAGGAGAGGUUAAAGGGGUGGUCCACGUUUCUGGCGGAUGAAAAGACCGCUGAGGCUGCAGCCCAGGCUAAAGACACUGAAGGAAAGAAGGAAGCAGAAAACACUCAGGGGGCGGAGUCAGCGUCAGCCCCAGCCGCAGACACAACACCGUCACAGCCAGAAGAUGAAACAGCAGCAGAACAGCCGGACGAAGCGGCCGUGGAUUCCACAGACAGCAGCCUGGCGGGCAGUGACGACGAGGCUUAGAUCCAAAAUUGGAAAACACAGCAUACCUGAACAUUCAGACCUAAAACACUUGUCUGUCACUGACCCACCCAGGCUCCGCCCACUUUCAUAGAUACUGUUGUGAGGUUGGAUAUGUUUUACAGAACACUGGUAAAAAUCCCAUAAAACCUAAUGAGAAACUGUAGAACAGACUCAGUUUAUAUCACAAUACCUACAUUUAGAGUCGGUUCUACAGUUCUGAGUUCUAAUCCGAGUCUGUUCUACAGUUUCUCAUUAGAUUUAAUGGGAUUUUUAACUGUGCUCUGUAAAGCUUGUCCAACCUCACAGUAGUAGAAUGUGUACACACAACAGAGUAGAACUAUGAACACAUUUGUGGGCGGAGCCUGGAGGGGGCAGUUCCUGUUUGUUUACGUGUGUCCUCUCAUAUCAGAAGCUGAGGGAGCAUUUCAAAAUAUGAAAUUGGAUUAAUAUGUGUAAAAAUGAGUUUGUAUAAAUUCUCUCCUGCUGAUUGAUCUGUUUUUUCCUGAGUGAAUUGGCUCAUAUUUUAUAAUAAAAUUAAUGGAAGGAUCCGUA